CAAUCGAUUUAGAAUUCAAUGAUGACCGAGUUGCAAUAGGUGUUGAAGAAAUGACCAGUAUAUGUAUAUAUAAUACAUGUAGUUUAGCAGUAUCUGCCUAUACAUCUGUAAUAGAUAGGAGAGAACACUAGGGGAGCAAUGAGUAGGUGACUGUUAGUUACAUCGGAGUUCUGUGUCAAACGUUGUCUGUACUCGGUGAAUAUCUGCGACAUAUUAUAAUAAACUUCUCUAUUUUUUUUAAUUUAAGCAUCGACUUGGCUAUCCAUUUUUGGUUACUUUUCUCAAACUAUCAUGCCACGUUCUACAAUGAUAUUAUUUUUGUUAAUCGUACUACUGCUAAAUAGUCAGGAAAUUCUUGGACGAAGAGGACGAGGUAGAGGAAAAACCAGAUCGCGUGUCCAAAUAGGAUUACCUAUCACUGGAAAAUAUCGUGAUCCAGAAAGUGAUCAAUAUUAUAACAAUCAUAAUGGUGCAAAAAUAUUGUUGGCAUCACACUUUGAUUUGGAGUACGUUUUAGGACACAAAAUUGUUUUCCUUUGCGUCGCACGUGGAAACCCACGACCACAUAUCACAUGGUUCAAGGAUGGUGCUGAGAUUUAUACUCAUCUUUAUUUGCAUGUGCAUGAAUGGCAAGUUGGAGAAGAUAAAGUAAAAUCAAAAUUGGAAAUAGAUCCUGCAACUCAAAUGGAUGCUGGAGUUUACGAAUGUACAGCUGAUAACAUGUACAGUAUCGAUCGAAGAUCCUUCAAGACUGACUUUUCUAUUGCUUUUGAUUAAGUUUAAAUUUUCUAAAGUAGUUUGAUAUAAUUAUAGAUAAAGUCUAAAAUUACUACUUUUAAGAUACUGUUUAAAAUAAUUAGUCAUAAAAAAACAAGAAAUAAUUCUCGAAAUGUAUAUAGUUUCAAGUUUCUAAUUCUCGAAAUGUAUACGUAUAUACAUUUUGAAUUAGAUAAUAAAUAUAAUUUACUAUAAUUAA